GGAGAGCGCCGCGGCGCGCUGUGAUGACGUCACCGAAGCCGGCCGUGGGUCAGGGGUCGCGGAGGCGGUGGUGGGGUUUGCACCGCGCUGUGGGGUCUGUGGAUGCUGCGGCUUUCCCGCGGCCAACCCCGCGCUCCGAGGCCACGGCUCCGUGCUCGGGGACCCCUGCAGCCCUCUCCCCGGCUGUGGGACCCCGGUUCUCCCGUCCCCGGGCCCCGCACCGCUCCCACUGCGGGCCCCCGCGGUCUCGUUGUCCGGUGUCAAUGUCUCGGCUCGUGUAUCCCGGCCGCCGGAUCCGGUUUCCCCGCUGCAAUCUCACCCCGGCACUGGGGGAUCGGAUUCGGAGCCUGGAGGGAGGGUAAUGAGCCCUGAGCACCGGGCAGGAGCCGUCAUGUUCCUGUUCAUCCGCAGCCCCCAGCGCCGCGUCCCCGGCAGCCCACUGCCCUCCCCCUGCCGAGCCCCCCCGGGGGUGAAACGGGGCCGCCGCAACCCCCGAGGGCACCGGAGUGCUGGGGGGGGGCGGCGGAGCACCGAGGAGCCCCAGCUGCCCCCCACUUCCAACCUCUGUUACUAUAAAAAAACCCCGUCCUGGCGCGGCCGGGCCAGAGCGGCGGCCCCCCAGGACUGCGCCAGGCGGCCCCCCGGGGGGACCGGUUAUGCCUGGGCACCCCUGGCCAUGGGCAACUGCACCAAGACCCCUGAGAGAAGGCUCUCCAAGGUAAGGCUGAAGUGCAGGGGGGUGCUCGGGGGCUGUGCUGGGCUUAUUACUGCCCUCCGGCUCUGCCUACAGGACGGGAAGCAGCGCUCCGGCCCCCCCGGUCCCCAGGAUGGUGAGGAGCUGGCAGAGGCUGCGCAAUCACCACCGCUGCAGAGCUACUCAGUGUUGCAUGGGCUUGUGGGGCCGGCGUGCAUCUUCCUCCGACAGAGCAUUGCCAUCACACAGCUGGACCGGGAGCUGCGGCCGGAGGAGAUCGAAGAGCUGAAGCAAGCCUUCAAGGAGUUUGACAAGGACCGUGAUGGCUACAUCAGCUACAAGGACCUGGGCGAGUGCAUGCGCACCAUGGGCUACAUGCCCACCGAGAUGGAGCUCAUUGAGCUGUCCCAGCAGAUCACAGGCGGCAAAGUGGAUUUUGAUGACUUUGUGGAGCUGAUGGGCCCUAAGAUGCUGGCGGAGACGGCGGACAUGAUCGGGAUCAAGGAGCUGCGCGACGCCUUCCGCGAGUUCGACACCAAUGGGGACGGGCAGAUUAGCAUGGCGGAGCUGCGGGAGGCCAUGCGGAAGCUGCUGGGGCAGCAGCUCAACUACCGUGAAGUGGAUGAGAUCCUCAAGGAUGUGGAUCUCAACGGGGACGGCCUGGUGGACUUUGAAGAGUUUGUGCGGAUGAUGUCGCGCUGAAGGGCCGGGAGCCGCCGCCGUGCCUUACCGGGAGGAGGAGGGGAGAAGGUCUCCCCGGGCCUGCACUCCGGGGGGGGGGAGCCCUGAUUGUGGCCCCCUGGGGUCGUGGGUUCGCAGCUUUGCCGGUUCCUAAUGAAGCUCUGUGCCGUCGGG